AUCACACACCUCCUCCCUUCUUCUCCGCUCCCAUGCCCGAACAAAUCACCACCGUUCAUUCCUCACCGUGAACUAAAUUAAACGUUUUAGAUCUUGACACGUGUCUCAUCGCCGCUUCAUUCUCAUUUACUCACCCGCGUGGACUCCUCUCGCUCUCUUUUUAUUCCACACAUUCGUCUCAUCUCGUCUCCCGUCGCUUCUCCUCCACCUAUGCGCGGCGCCGGCGACGGAGACGGAGACGGCGACGGCAAACUCCUAGGCCACUGAAGACCUCUGUAGAUGGGUUCUCUUGAGGUGGUGCUGCCGACGAAGCGGAGCCCGCUGCUGCGGGCUUCGCCUGGGUCUGGUGGUCGGGCCUUCUUCCACCGCCCUAGAUCCAGGGUGGCUCGGUUCUUGCUUUCUGAGAAGGUGGACUACUUCCAGUGGAUAUGCUCCAUUGGGGCUUUCUUCUUCGUUGUCGUGCUCUUCCAGGCCUUCCUCCCUGGAUCCGUCGUCGAAAGGUCCGGAGGAGGCUCCGGGAGGGAUUCCGGAAACGAGGAUCUUGGAUUGUUGAAGGGUAUUGGGGAGUUGGAUUUUGGGGAGGGAAUCCGGUUCGUGCCGACGAAGCUGAUGGCGAGGAUCGAGAAGGAGGGGAGGGCGGAGAGCGAAGCUCUUUCCCAGAGGCCGGGGAGGCGUGUUGGGUUGCGGAAACCGCUGCUCGCGCUGGUGUUUGCCGAUCUAUGGCCUGACGCGACGCAGCUGCAGAUGGUUAGCGUUGCUGUUGCUCUGAAGGAGAUUGGGUAUGAGAUUGAGGUGCAUACAUAUGAAGGUGGGCCUGCCCUUGACGUUUGGAAAGCUAUAGGGACACCUGUUUUUACUCUGCCUCAUGAUAGAGAAUCACAGAUGGCUGUGGAUUGGUUGAAUUAUAAUGGCAUCAUUGUCAAUUCUCUUGAGGCCAGGCCGGUUUUUUCAUGUCUUUUGCAGGAGCCUUUCAAAUCCAUACCUGUCAUAUGGAAUGUUCAUGAAUCAUCCCUUGCUCUUCGUCUAAGUGUAUAUGCUGCAAAUGACCAGACCCAGCUUGUCAAUGACUGGAAACAAGUUUUUAGUAGAGCUACAGUUGUUGUCUUUCCCACUUAUCUGUACCCGUUGAUUUAUUCAGUGGUUGAUGCUGGGAACUUUUUUGUCAUCCCUGGUUAUCCCGAAGAAGCACGGGGAGCAAAUCAUUCAGUUGUUCUCCAUGAGGGAAAUAAUCUACGGUCUAAGAUGGGGUACGGAUCUGAUGAUUUUCUUAUUGCUAUUGUUGGCAGUCAAUUUUCAUACAGUGGUUUAUGGCUUGAGCAUGCUCUAGUCCUGCAUGCUUUAUCAUCUGUGCUGUAUCAGUUCUCUUAUGGCGACAGCUCAAAUUUGAAAGUUGCCAUUUUAAGUGAUAAUUCAACUAGCACAUACAAGAUGGCACUGGAGAAAAUUGCUCCAGACUUUGGUUAUCCUAGGGGCAGUGUACAGCAUAUUAUUCUUAAUGGAGAUUUCAAUAAUUUCCUUGGUGCUGUUGACCUUGUAAUAUAUGGUUCAUUUUUGGAGGAGCAGUCCUUUCCGGCUGUUUUGAAGCAAGCUAUGUGUCUUGGAAAACUGGUUGUUGCUCCUGACCUCGGCAUUAUCAGAAAAUAUGUUAAUGAUAGUGUGCAUGGAUAUUUUUUUCCAAAGGAGAAUAUUGGCACCCUGAGCCAGAUUUUUCUUCAAGUAAUAGAAAAUGGACAGUUAUCUCGUCAAGCCCGGGAUGUUGCAUCUGCAGGCAGGGAACUCUCUAGAAAUCUAAUGGUUUCUGAAAGUAUUGAAGGAUAUGCGUCAUUAUUGGAGAAAGUUUUGAAGUUUCCAUCUGAAAUUUUUUUCCCAAGGACAGUUGAUGCGAUACCUCUAAAGUUGAAAGAAGCAUGGCAGUGGCAUCUGUUUGAAAAUAUAGCAGUAGUUAAUGCUAGUAGAACUUUUAGAGACAACGGAAUUGUCAGCAAGAUUGAAGAGCGGUGGAAUCAUACUUUUAAGGAAAAGAUGAUCAACUCUUCUUCACAGGUGGAUGAGGCAUUUUUGUCUAUUUCUUGGGCAGAUGAAAAACUUAUUAUGAUGGCAAAUGCUAGAAAGCGGUUAGAAGAUGAAGAGUUGAAGGACAGAACUGAUCAACCUCAUGGAACAUGGGAAGAUGUCUAUCGAAGUGUUAAAAGAGCAGAUAGGGCUAAAAAUGAAUUGCACGAAAGAGAUGAUCGGGAGCUUGAAAGGACUGGCCAACCAUUGUGUAUAUAUGAACCUUAUUUUGGUGAAGGAACCUGGCCUUUCCUGCAUAAUACGUCAUUGUAUCGUGGAAUUGGUUUGUCUUCCAAGGGCCGAAGACCAGGAGCUGAUGACAUAGAUGCUUCUUCACGACUCCCACUUCUUGGAAAUGCAUAUUAUCGGGAUGCACUUGGUGAAUAUGGAGCAUUCUUUGCUUUAUCUAACAGAAUUGAUCGUGUACACAAGAAUGCCUGGAUAGGGUUUCAGUCCUGGAGAGUGGUUGCAAGAAAGGGUGGCUUAUCUAGGAAGGCUGAGGUUGCGCUUUUAGAGGACAUUCAAGCUCGAAAGCAUGGGGACACACUAUACUUUUGGGUUCGAAUGGAUGAAGAUUCAAGGAAUCCUUUGCGACAAGAUUUUUGGACUUUCUGUGAUGCUUUAAAUGCAGGAAAUUGCCGGUAUGCAGUUUCUGAGACUCUACAAAAAAUGUAUGGGAUACAUCAUGAUUUGGAGUUUUUGCCACAAAUGCCAGUAGAUGGAGACUCUUGGUCAGUAAUGCAUAGCUGGGCCAUGCCAACAAGGUCUUUCCUAGAGUUUGUCAUGUUUUCAAGAAUGUUUGUAGAUGCAUUGGAUGCGCAGAUACAUGAUGAGCACCAUCAAAGUGGGCGAUGUUAUCUGAGUUUAUCUAAGGACCGACACUGUUAUUCUCGUGUGCUCGAGCUGCUUGUCAAUGUGUGGGCAUACCACAGUGCAAGGAGGAUGAUAUAUGUGAACCCUGCAUCAGGAGAAAUGCAGGAGCACCAUAAGUUGAAGAACCGGAGAGGUCAGAUGUGGAUAAAAUGGUUCUCCUUCAGCACACUCAAGAGCAUGGAUGAGGAUCUAGCAGAAGAAGCAGAUUCGGACCAGCCUAACCGGCGGUGGCUAUGGCCAUCUACCGGUGAGGUCUUUUGGCAAGGCAUUUAUGAAAGGGAGCGGAACAUGCGCCAUCAACAGAAGGAAAGACGAAAGCGACAGAGCAGAGAUAAAAUUCAAAGAAUAAAGAAGCGCGCACGCCAGAAAACACUUGGAAAGUUCAUAAAGCCACCACCUGAGGCACCAGAUGUUUCAAACACAACCCAUAACCUUUGAUUUGUUUGUUGCUUCUAUGUUAAACCAUUUGAUCAUUCUUUUUUCCUUUUUAUUUGAGCUUUUGUGAUUUUUCCCCCUCCCAUAUAUCCACAGGUGCAAAAUGAGAUUUGUAUUGUUUUCAUUUGAAUCUCUAGUUUGUAGCUAGACUAACUUUGGUAUAGUGCAGUUGAAAGUUGUAUAUUCUCUCUGUUCUUAAUUGCGUAAAAUUUGUUUAUAUGUGAAGGAAUGAAAAUGUUUUGUGGA